UUGAAUCGUAAACAACGUUUAAUCUUAAACAAAAAAAGAAAAAUAACCACCAAAUAUUUAAAGAAAAAUUAAGUAAAGAAAACAACAUGCGAAUUUUACUCUUAAUACUAAUAAUGAUGGCAAUAUUUGCAAUAACUGCCAGAGCAUCUGUAGUACGUCGAGAUGUGGACGAUUUCGGUGAUGAUGAAGAUUCGGCUGAAAAUGCCAUUGAUGAGGACAAUAAUGGCGAUGAUGACGACGAUGAUCCAGAAGAUUUGCCAAUAGCAUCUAUAAAAUCACGGGCUAUAGCUAUGGAUCGGGACUUGUGUCGUGAAUUGUCGCGCUACCAUCCUCAUCAUCCACGCUGUCAAUUGUAUUGUGAGAAAUUAAAUCACUGGAUGGGAAUGUGUCGUCGUGAUAGUUGUCAUUGUUAUUCUUAAAUUAAAUUACACUAAAUUAAAAUAAAAUAAAACGCACAAAUAUUCGUACAUACAUAACUAAUUAUAAUUUCUAAAACAAAAAGGAAAUGCUUAUUAUUUGUAUUCAAAAUUUAUAAUGAUUAAAAAGCUAAAUAAAAGUCUUAUGCAGAUACAUACAUACCUACUCUUACAUACAAA